GGGAUGUGUGGUAAUAACCCGGAAGUAAAAUAGCCGCGCAGACCAGUAUGUGGUUUGAACCGCGUUAUAUUAUAACGAGAAUUUGGCAAGUAGCCGAUAUUAGCAGCUAGAACAAAUAAAUAGAAAUUUAUAACUAAAAGGACAAGUAGGUUAUUCUCUCAGUUAGCCACUAUGCUUCCACUAUCUUUACUGAAAACAGCGCAGAACCACCCAAUGCUGGUGGAGCUGAAGAAUGGAGAGACAUACAACGGUCAUCUGGUCAGCUGUGACAACUGGAUGAACAUCAAUUUAAGAGAAGUCAUCUGUACCUCCCGGGAUGGAGAUAAGUUCUGGAGGAUGCCCGAAUGCUACAUCCGAGGAAGCACGAUCAAAUACCUGCGGAUCCCUGAUGAAAUCAUCGACAUGGUGAAAGAGGAAGUCGUGUCCAAGGGCCGUGGCCGGGGUGGCAUGCAGCAGAAUAAACAGCAGGGAAAGGGCAGAGGAGGCGGAGCCGGCCGAGGUGUGUUUGGUGGCCGGGGAAGAGGCAUGCAAGGUGCUGGCCGUGGACAGCCACAAGACAAAAAGCCUGGAAAACCACAGGGCGUCAAAAACCAGCACUGAACACAAACACAAUACCUCCUUUUUUUUCUUUCAUCAUUUUCUUCUUCUCACCAGAUGUAUAACAUGACACUUUUUUCCCCAUCCACUGAAUCAAAUUUGAAUGUAUCAUUUACUUUUUGGUGCAGUUUGCUAUAAAACAAACACUUAUCCUAUGUAGUAAAUGACCAUUCUGUUAAAAAAAAAAACACACAUAGUCAUUAUAAUGUGAAAGCAAAGAAUAUUUUGAUCCCCUUUCUCAAUUUCAUAAAUGAUCAAGUAGCAGAAAAAAAAUAUGUUCUGAUCAUUUAAAUAUUGGAUGCCCCGAAAUGACAUCCAUUUUGCCUCAAUGGUAGAAAAAUCUUAAUUUUUUUCUUAGACCUUAAUUUUGGUUUUUGGUUUCAGUUUUUCCUGCCUCAUUUGUCUUUUUCCCAAUGGACAUGGACAUGGAGAAGUGCUGUAAAUUAUGUGGAGUAGCCUUAAUAAAUACUUUUUUGUUAA